AUGUCCACCCACCACCCCACCCCAACAAUCCUCCUCCCAGGCCUUCCUCCAAAAACCCUCGUCGGCAUCGACCUCAUAACCUUCACAUCAACCCCCAACUUCCACGGAAUCCGUGACCUUUCCCCGGGAUGGCACUUCCUCUACACCGGCGCAACAGAGACCCUCUCUUUGCGCAGCGGCGCAUGGUUCUACAUUGGUGACAUCACGACUGCAGGGAAAGGCAGUAACGACACAGCGCUAGUCGCGCAAGGCCACAAAAAUCAAACCCAAAACGCAUCAGAGCCAGAGAUUUACAUCUGGAAAUGGAGCGUGAAUACAGAGUCUUUGGUAGCGCUAGAUGGUGAGAGCGCCUCAUCUCUCCAAGAGAGCAUGCGCUACAAAGCGAAUCUGGGUUCGGUCUGGCAGAGUGGAGGACUUUUCAAAUAUCGCAGCCGGAUUGCGCCCUCAAUGCUUGUCAAACCCGUGACAGAAUCAGACACUGGCGAAAAGAACGAGCAAGACCAACCCGAACACCAAAUCGAAGCUCGUAUCCAGACCGAAGAUGAUUCGCAAACAGAAGAGAGCGGGCGGAGGGAUUGGUCUGGACUAACCGACCGCAUCUCACCGAGCCUUUUAUCACGCGUUAUCGGCAAACCGGAGGUUGAUGUGGACGGGCAUCCGCGAUGGGCGUUGUCGUCUGCUUCAACGGCCAACUGUGACACGGAUCAUAUCCCUGGCGUCGAUUCGCCAGCUGAAGGGUCGCACGAGCCAGAACCGGAACGAGAAUUCGGCUUCAUUCCCGUUGAUUUGAAGCGGACGUGGAGAGAAGGCGCUGUCGGACGCGAAAGGACGGAAGCUGCGAAGGAUCGGUCUUGGGCUCUGGGAGACUUGAUCGAUCGGUAUGCUGGGGAGGCUUCUGGGGGGAAUCAGUUGCUUGGAGAACUGCAGUUUACGUUCCUCAUGGUGCUGACUAUGAUGAACUACUCGUGUUUGCAGCAGUGGAAACGGCUUCUUGAGCUGAUUCUUACGUCCCGGGGUGCAAUCUUGGAUAGAGAGGCGUUUAUGAGUGAAGUUCUUCGGAUAUUGUCGUUGCAGCUGCAACGAUGCGACGAUGUUGAUGGUGGACUAUUUGAGAUUGAUGGUGAUGAAGGCGGGGCUUUCUUGCGAGAUCUACUCAUGAAGCUGCGUCAGUCAGUCGAUGACCUCGUUGGUGACAGUGGAUCCGAGGUCAAGUUAGAGCUUGACAAGCUUGAAGAGUGGGUGAGGGCAGAAUAUAACUGGGAGCUGCGUCGUGGGACUGUCGUUCGCCACGGUAUGCUCCAAUUGGAGGACGGCGAGCAGGUCGAAAUGGACUGGGAUGGGAAUGACGAGGAUGACGAGACUGGAGAGUAUGCUCCGGUAAUUGUUGAUAUGUGA